UUAAGAACUAAAGAGCAAUAUGGGCUAAGUUGCGGUUUCUCUGUCCAAUAUGGGACAACUCAGGAGGAUGCUAUGCUUGUGGUUGUUGCUCCUCGGAUUCACUUUGGUCCUGUUGAUAGUCUCCGACCUUUUUCACAGAGAGAACGAGAGCUCUCUUCAGGAUUUUGACAGCCCGCGACAUCGCUUCCGCGGGAACCCCGGGCCGCCGGACGACUUGGAGCUGAUAGGAGACGCGACAUUGGAGCUCCUUCCUGAACUCGUCCCUAUCAGCUCGUUGAAAGAAGAUCAGCUUUUGUUUGUGGCGUCCACGCAGGAGACAGAAAGCAAGAAGUGGAGUUACAGGGUGCUCUUGCCUGCGGCGAGGAAGGCGGAGGAGGAGGGCGCACCGGAUCGCUCGUUGCCUGAGGCGCGACAUCCAAAGUGUCUCGGCGACCAAUACAGUGAGUCACUGCCUUCUGCCAGUGUCAUCAUCUGCUUUCACGACGAGGGUUGGUCCACUCUUUUACGCACGCUGCACAGCGUCCUCAACACGGCACCGCGAGCGUUCUUAUUGGAGCUCCUCCUUGUGGAUGACCACAGCACGCACGAUCACUUGAAGACUCGGCUCUCUGAAUAUACGUCCCAUCUGGACGGGGUGCGAUUAAUACGCAGCGAUAAGCGUCUCGGUGUCGGUGGGUGCCGCAACCUGGGCGCGUCCGAAGCUUCUGGGGAGGUGCUGGUCUUCAUGGACUCCCACUGUGAAUGUCAGAAAGGCUGGCUGGAACCACUCCUGGAGCGGGUGGCUCAGGACAGGACCCGAGUUGUUUCCCCCAUUAUGGAUGUGAUUCACCGGGAGACUUUCCAGUACAGCGCUACCCAGUGGCCAGUGUGGGGAGUCUUCAACUGGAAUUUGGAGUUUUCCUGGGAGUCCAAACCGCAAGUGCUGGACGACGAAUCAGACUUGGCGGUGGAAGCUGCGCUGAGUCCAGCUUUAGGAGGAGUUCUGGCCAUUGACAGGCAUUUCUUCCACAAUGUGGGAGCCUUUGAUCCUGGUAUUCUGCUGCGGGGAGGGGAACAAAUUGAGCUGUCAAUCCGGGUCUGGUUAUGUGGAGGUUCCAUGGAGGUGGUCCCCUGCUCUCGUGUGGCUCACCUGGACCACUCCCUCCCUUCCCAAGACCAUGAGCAGCUCGAGAGGAACAAAAUCCGCGUAGCUGACACCUGGUUGGAUAAUUACCGGAGUAUCUUCUACAGGCGGGACACACUGGCGCAUUUUAUUCGGCAGUCUGAGAGGCCCAAUAUUACCGAACGUUUGCAGCUGAUGAAGAAGUUGGGUUGUCGGGACUUUCAUUGGUACCUAACGACAGUUUAUCCUCAGCUUUAUGUUCCGCAAGAUCGACCCGAACUUUCAGGCGAGAUGUACAACGUCGCAGUCGGCGGAUGCGUCGACCGACUCCCGGGUCGAGACGCUAUGAUUCUGGCGCCGUGCACCGGCACUGGAAGUCAGCAUUGUGAUUUCAACUCGGACGGAGAAGUAAGAUGGGGCCCCGCGGGGGCUCUGUGUUUGGACGCCGUCGGAGAACAGGUGGUCCUCUCUGAGUGUCAGCGAGCGAUUGGUGAAAGACUUCAGUGGACGUACAUAAAGUCGAGUGGCCAGUUGCUCCACCGACUGUCCCAGUUGUGCGUGGAGGCACUGAAGGACGGACAGCACCCGGGGAGUGGUGCGGGUGACCUGGUCUUGCGGUCGUGCACACAUCAUCCCGCGCAACAGUGGCAUUUUGAGCAACUGGUGUCUCCCUAAUGAGGAAUGAUAAAGAGUCGUGACAUGUGUGACAAGGUUAUAAGUGAGAUCCUGCUGGAUAUCCUGCACAAAGUGAUGCGAAUACUCCGGGUAGAGAUCCAGCACUUCAUACAGCCCCUUCAAGUUAAUACACUGGAGGUCACAGUAGGUCAGCGCUUUGACAUCCGCGUUGGUUUUUAUCACUCGCUCGUCCAAGGACAGGUUCGCCCCGAUCAGGUCGCCUUUACCUGUUCGGGACACACACGAGUGAGUCUUUCCGAGGCGUGUCCUCAGUUGAGUUUGCUACACCUUCAUUCAAUGACCUUCACAAAGGACGGGGACUAAAAACGCCAAGUCUUGCAUCGUAAACAAUGUAAUUGUUGAUUCAAGGCGAGAUGUUUUGUGCUUGGAAAUUCCCCAUUAUGGGAAUCAGAUGGUUUUGGAUAAUUUUUCAGAUUAGCUUUGAGAAUUGAGACUUCUGCUAUAAUUACACUGCUUCUGACUAGAAUCAUAGAUUUCAUAAGAUGGUUUCUUCUGUCUUUUAUAAUUAAAAAAAUUACAUUUUCAAAAAUAAAACAGAACACCUUUAAGUUUAAA